GGAUCAUGAACGUCUAAUCCAUUUUGCGACAAGUCCAGUAACAUCAAGAUCAUCGAUCGUCCAACGAAAGCGAACAAUCAUGCUCAAUCCACACGCGUCCGAGUUCAAACCGCCAGCACCUUCAUCAGCAUCAUCGUCAAGGCCAGCAAACCCCGCACCCAACUCUCUCAAAGACAAGAAGCACCAGAAUAAGAAAUCACAACGAAAAGAUGCCACCGGUAUCCCGAAACCGGUGAAAUCAGGGAAAAAAGGAAAAGGUAAAUCGGCGCAGGACACAGUUGCGAGCGAUGCUUCCAGCAGUAAGCAGAAGCCACGUGAUGCGCAUUCCAAUCGCAAACGUAAAUCAGCAAAAGCACCGUCCAAAGAGGUGCAAGCAUCCUCAUCGCAGCCAGAUCUUAUGGAACCAGUCAAAUUCUUGGCGAUUGAGGAACCCAUCGAUCCUGUUAUGAUUGUCGAUGGAGAAGAAACCGAGGUAGUUCACGGAUAUGAGCGAUAUAUCGACUGUGUAAGUAGGAAAUUCCCUCGCUAUGGAAACGAUAUGGAAAAAAGAAACUCAUGCCAAGAAAUUAUAUACAGAUACAACGUUCAUUGGCGGCCUUUGAGGUGAUGACUGUGGUGGGGAUGGAUCAAGCCGUGGUCGAUGUGGUAUCCUUAAUUACUAUUUUGCAACACCGCGGCAUAGGCGAUCUUGAAGGUGAGUGACACGAAAAGGCACGGAAAACGGGAAACGCGAUAAACAUGCGUAAAAAAUUUGACUGACUAACCAUUCCGAUACGGUCGCAUCAUUAUCCCUUUCUCCUGGUUGUCCUUGCCUCCUCAAAAGAGGUGGAAACAUUCACCACC